UUCAGCAGAGCUCAGUGAAGUAGCAAGCAGGUAGCUAGCAGGUAAACUUAAAGAUCGAUUACACGAUGCUAAAGUUAGAGACAUUUAAGCUAUUUAUUGCAGCCGUGAUAAGUAACAAAGCUGGCAACUGUUAGUUAGUUGUUUGUAGGAGUUUGUUAUUGUUAUUCUCCUCGAUAGUCAACAAGCUAACAAAGUGUAGCUUGAACACAUGUGAAGUUUUAUCUCUCUCAGGUAAACAUUAGUUAGCCUCCUGCCUCCUGUGCAGAUGCCUCGUUUGGAAAAGACACAUGGCAGAGGGACAAAAAGACUGAAAUUAGACUGGAAGUUUGUCCAGAGGCUCUGCGGCAUCCAGAAGGUCCUGUUCCCAUCAUGGACCAGUCAAAGUGCUCUGUUGUUUGGGACGCUGCUGGCUGUCACUCUGACAGAGCAGCUGAUCAUUUACCAAGUGGGUGUCCUCCCCAGCCACUUCUACAAUGUGCUGGCAGACAAAGAUUACUCAGGCUUCAAGAGUCUGGUGGGCACAGCUCUGGUGCUCAUCUUGAUCAACUCCACAUUGAAAAGUAUCGACCAGUACAUUUGCAAUCAGAUGUAUCUUAGCUGGAGGAGGACGCUAACUGAGAGCCUCCAUACGUCCUACUUCCAGGGCCGAGUCUAUUAUACACUCAAUGUACUCCGAGAGGAUAUAGACAACCCAGACCAGCGAAUCAGUCAGGAUGCAGAGAGGUUGUGCAAGCAGAUGAGCACCAUGGCUAGUCGUUUGAUUGUAUCACCGUUCACACUGGCUUACUACACCUACCACUGCUUUUAUAGCACCGGCUGGAUCGGUCCUGUGAGCAUCUUCGGCUACUUUGUGAUCGGGACCACUGCCAAUAAAAUACUCAUGGGGCCGAUUGUGUCGACUCUGUAUGAGCAAGAAAAACUGGAGGGGGACUUCAGAUUCAAGCACAUGCAGAUCCGUGUCAAUGCAGAGUCUGCUGCUUUUUACAGAGCUGGUAAAGUUGAGCACACGAGGACCGACCGCAGAUUGCAGGCUCUGUUACAAACUCAGAAGAGUCUAAUAAACAAAGAGCUCUGGCUUUAUAUCGGGGUAAACACCUUUGACUACCUCGGAGGUUUCCUCAGCUACAUUAUAAUCGCCAUUCCCAUCUUCACCGGUAUCUAUGAUGGUCUCACUCCCGGCGAGCUCAGUGGACUCAUCAGUAAGAAUGCCUUUGUGUGCAUCUACUUGAUAAAUGGCUUCACGCAGCUAAUAGACCUGUCAACCACUCUGUCAGACGUGGCUGGAUACACCCACAGGAUUGGGGAGCUGAGGGAGGUGAUGGAUGACAUCCUACGCAAGCAGUGCGACUAUGACCCUGCGUCAGGGGAAAGCUAUGACUUUGACAGUGACUUCAACGUCCACGCGGGGCCUGCUGACACUGCCUUCAUCCUGGACCAUCUUUCAUACAAAUCCCCAUACUCAGACAAGCUGCUGGUGGAGGAUCUGAGUCUGAAAAUCAGCCAGGGAACACAUCUACUGGUGGUGGGGAACACAGGCACCGGCAAGACGUCACUACUGAGGGUCCUCAACCGACUCUGGGAGGCGGACAGCGGUUUUGUCCAGAUGACCACGUGUUUCGGGCCCAGAGGAACUCUCUUCCUGCCACAGAAACCUUACCUGACUGAUGGCACACUGCGUGAACAGGUGAUCUACCCAUUGAAGGAUAUUUACCCUGCAUCAGGGUCAGUGGACGAUGACAGAAUUAUACAAUUCCUUGAACUAGCUGGAGUGUCCAGUCUCCUGAAGCGUACAGGUGGGCUGGAUGAAAAGGUGGACUGGAACUGGUAUGAUGUUCUGUCUCCAGGUGAAAUGCAGCGUCUCUGCUUUGCUCGUCUCUUCUACCUGCAACCCAAAUAUGCAGUGUUGGAUGAAGCCACCAGUGCUCUGACGGAGGAGGCAGAAGCACAGCUGUACCGAACCUGUAAACAGCUCGGCAUGACUUUGGUCAGUCUGGGACACCGCAGCAGCCUGGAGAAGUACCAUGAUGUCCAGUUGAAACUGUGUGGAGGAGGCCUGUGGGAGUUAACCAAGUUAAAAGGAGGCAGCCUCACAGAAGAAGACCCGUGACUGCAGGGUCAUCAGUUUGAAAUCCUGGACCUGCAGGACAGAAAACCCUCCUGAAUUCCUCAGUGAGUAACACUCCAGUGCUCUUAAAAUCCCAGUUCCUCCAGUUGAGGUGGACAACUGCACUCAUCCAGUUUGUAUGUAUUCAUGCAACAUUGAGGCAGAGCGCAACCAAACUGUUCUGGAUCCAAAGACAUUGCGAAACGAAUAGUUUGGAUGGCUCUGCAAUCGUUAAGAGUAAAUUCACCUGUCAUGACAACAAAUCAGGAAAGAAAAGGGACCCUUUUGACCUUUUUGGAUUCUUGUGUGCCUUUACAUUUGUUUAUUGUAUUAUGUUUACAAUCAUUCCAUUCAUUCUUAUUUUGUAACAAACACUAUUUUCUCAGGUCUCUGUAAGUCCUAUGAAGAGAAAGUACAUCUGUAGAUUAUACAUAGGUUUUGGGGCUUUUCACAUGACGCGUCUAAAACGCCAGCCGUGCCGCUUUCGUCCUUUUAUCCAAGGUGCACGUAUACAUGUAAAAACGUAGUCACUUUAACUUCUCCUCCAUAUAUCAACCGUAGACCGAGAUUUCUGGAAAAGGAGAUAUCUGCCGGCUUUGAUUGGUUGUUCCUCGUCACAUGACAUGCUGUGUUCCAAAAGUUUAACGAUUUUUAUCUCGGACAGGUCGCUCUCGAGCUCACCUUUUGUACGUCUACAUUGACAAUGAAUUUAAUGGCGCAAAAAACGCGGCAUGUGAACUGCCCCAUAAAGAGUUGUUUACCUAAUUUCAUAAAAUUGUCAAUAUGUACAAUAAAAAAGAAAAGAAAAAA